AUGCACAACCAUUCGAGAAUACCGUCGAUCUCAUUUAAUAAUGCAAGUGGGUCGAAAGGAAGGGAGUACCCACAGGUAAAGCGUCCUAGGUUAUCGUCACCAAUGUUGCAGGACCUCACAAAUCAGAUGCACACCGCGCGUGUGUCUCACAGGAACUCAACAGAUGUCACACAAAGUGCAAGACUUAUGAAUAAGUACGUAUUUGGAGAUGCUGCGGCUAUUGAAGAAGUUAAAAAAAGAGAAAGAAAAAUCUUAAAGGAUAUAUUGCAUUUCAAAAAUGCAAUUUCUGAAAUCGAGAAGGAAACUUCACAGAUUCGAGAAACGCAACUACCUGAUCUCCAGUAUUCUAUGUCAAAGAGGUUCACUAUCUGUAAUGAGAUCAGGAAAGAGAUAACGAAGCUGGAUUCACAGAUACAGUUGAAGGACAGGGAAGUUGAUUUACAGAGGAAAAACGAAGAAAUGGCCAAAUCAAAUCUGGCUAAAAAAUUCUCAAUAGAAGUGCAAGAGCUUGAAAAUCAAUUAAAGAAAAUACUAGAUGAUGAAAAUGCGCAAUGGAACAGUAAAAUCCUGGAAUUAGAAAACUUGAAACCAGAUAAAGAAAUUGCAUACGAGAUAAAACAGUUGAAAGAAGAACUGAGUAAAGUUACAGAAGAGCUAAAUACCUUGAGACUGAGGAAUGAAGAAAAGUAUUGCAAGUAUGACGAGGAGCUGAAUGAGAAAUUCAAAAACUUUCAAGGUUCAAAAAAAAUAGCUAUGGAUAGCCUUACUGAUGAGCAGAAGCAAUUGAAGGAUCGAGGAAAAAAGCUUGAACUGGAGCGCGAAACCUUACUGAAUGAAAUGAGUGAAUUGGAUAACAUCACCAAAGAGGUAGUUGAAAAAAUAUCAGGUAUUAAGACAUCAUCAACCGAGAUCCUGGCUCAAAACAAACCCUCUAAAGAGAAAUUAGAUCUCAUAGAGAGGCAGCAUAAAUUAGCAAAGGAAGAAUUCGAGAUAGUCAAAGAGAUUGCUCAACAGAAGGAAAUUUAUUAUAAUGCCAAGUUCGAUAAGAUGGAGCAAGAACAACUCAGACGACGCAGGCUGGAGAAUUCAAUUGAUGAGUUAACGGGCAAAGUAAGAAGGUUUGCAUAUAUCUUAAAUGAUACUGAGACUUCAACGAGAUAUUCGGUCGAUUAUGCUGGAAAAACAUUACGAGAUAUAUCCAAUGAGAAAACUUAUACCUUUACGAGAAUUAUACCCUCUUCACUGAUGUUAGAAAAUGAUUUGCUAAUGCAGGAGUAUCAUAUGUAUCAUGAAAUGUGUUUACAGAAAGGGUAUAAUUUUAACCUAAUUUCUGUGAGUGAAGUUCCUUCUGAAUCUUUUAGAAUCGCCGUGGUAGACUAUGUCAAUUCCAAAUGCCAUGAGAGUCAUCAAAUCCAUUUACAAUACGUAUUCUUGUCAGAAGAAAUGCCAUCACAAGAUAUGCUUUUGAAAACCGGUCAUGAGCUCGACAAUGAAAUCAAACUGAAAAUAGAGCAGGACUCCUUAGAGCUGGAUUCUACCCGCAUAGAACUUAUGGGGGACCUUAAAAACUUAUCAUCCAUCAUCAAUGACCGUAAUCAAACUUUAAUGUCUGGAAUUGGCGUUUUGAAAUUUCAACUUUUGAGAAAGGAUGACUUGCUUGGCAGACCAGUAAACUUUUAUUUCAUGGAGAUAAAUGACAAAAAGAUGAUGAAGACAUUGGAUGACUCCGUAGCGUCAAAUCAACUGACGAGUUCUCCAAUCGGCCUAAUCUUCAACAAGUUACUAUCGGACACAAAGUCAUUCUUCUUGUUUCAUAUUGACCAAACAAAGGAGAAUGAAGCACUACUUGAAGUAUCUGGAAAUCUAAGGAAACUGAAAAAUUUCAGGAUAAAAUCAAAUGAUAAAAAUAGACUUUUAUAA